GCCAUCAACAUGCGCGAGAUGUUCUCAGGUUUGGAAACCAAGCGUUGUUGCGAAGAAGAAACGGAAGCAUCUUGCUUGUCGUGUUGUGAAAAGCAUUUCAUAUUGCGGGGCCAGAAAUGUGUAGAUGUCUGCAGCACCAUGUGCUCUUUCGGAUGGUCUGGUAAUCAAAAAGUUCCGCAAUGCCCCGAGAAACUUGGUUCGGAAGAAGGCGGUGCUGAAGAGUGGUAUGCAGAAGAUCCAAUGAAAGACCGACCUCGGCCAGCAGUACCAGACACGAAAGCCGAUAACAAGAAGAAGGUGGACAAAGCAAUAUCCUUGGGGUUCUGA